GACAGAUGUUAUGAAAUGGGAACGAAGCCGGGGGUCAACGCGUAACUCCACAAGAAGCGUGUGUUUUUAUAUUAUUAUUAUUUUGUAAGUAGGUUUAAAGAUGCACUCCCAGAUACUGUGCAGCGGCACCGCAGCGGCCGUGGCUGCCCGCAGGAUGCGCAACAUUCUGGGUGGUGUUCUGGGGAGAGACGGCUGGAUGUGGAGGAGUCAUGAGGUUAAAUUCCUCAACACGUCGUCAGGUGACACUGUGAAGAUCGGUGAGAUCUCCUACAAACUCAAAAGCCCUCAGAACCCAGAGCUCGUUCCUGUGAAACACAUUUCAGACUCCCUGCCCCAAACAGUCGCCCAGCACCUCCGAUGGAUCAUGCAGAAAGACCUGCUGGGUCAGGACGUGUUCCUCAUCGGCCCCCCAGGACCCCUGAGACGAUCCAUAGCUAUGCAGUACCUGGAGUUGACCAAACGGGAAGUUGAGUAUGUCGCUCUGUCCAGGGACACCACAGAAACGGACCUGAAACAGAGGAGAGAGAUCCGAUCAGGGACGGCCUUCUACAUCGACCAGUGUGCCGUAAGAGCAGCAACACAAGGCCGAGUCCUGGUCCUGGAGGGGCUGGAGAAGGCCGAGAGGAACGUCCUUCCUGUCCUCAACAACCUGCUGGAGAACCGAGAGAUGCAGCUGGAGGACGGACGCUUCCUCAUGUCGGCCGAGCGUUACGACAAACUGCUGCAGGAGCACACCAAAGAGGAGCUGGACAGCUGGAAGAUCGUCCGAGUAAGUGAGGAUUUUCGGGUCAUCGCUCUCGGUCUUCCUGUUCCCAAAUACAAGGGCAACCCACUGGAUCCUCCUCUCCGCUCUCGAUUCCAGGCCAGAGACAUCUAUUACCUGCCUUUCAAGGACCAGUUGGAGUUGUUGUACACAGCAGGACCAAAUAUUGCUGCAGAAAGGGUGUCCCAGCUGCUGUCACUCGCCACAACCCUGUGCUCCCAGGAAUCCUCCAACCUCGGCCUCCCAGACUUCCCAGUGGACAACCUGCUUCCUGCCCUUAAUGUCCUGAACGCUUUCCCAAUGUUGUCAUCCCAGCAGCUCGUCCAGAGGCUUUACCCCUACCACAGUAUCUUGGGAAAGGAUGGGCGUAACGCUGUUGAGGGAGUACUGAGUCGGUUUGAGCUUUUGGACGGUCGUCGUCAGCCAGCACCCAGCGCCAUUUUGAAUGUUUCCACAGCAAAGGACAUCGAGGGCCAUGCAGAUGUUACACUAAGGGUCGCGAACAAGGACGUCACCUUUCAGGUUCCAGCAGGCACCAAGGAGCUGCGUCCAUCCAACAGCAGCCCAACCUUCAUUAACACUCCGAGCCACUCGCAGCUGAUGGCUGAGAUGAUGCAGUCGCACAUGGCUAAGGACAUCUGUCUGAUAGGAGCCAAGGGUUGUGGAAAGUCAGUGAUUGCCAGAGAGUUUGCUGAGAUGCUGGGUUACAGCAUUGAGCCCGUCAUGCUCUACCAGGACAUGACAGCCAGAGACCUUCUCCAGCAGAGAUACACUCUCCCGAACGGAGACACAGCGUGGAGGCCGUCGCCGCUGGUCACCGCCGCCAUUGAGGGCAAACUGUUGCUUCUUGAUGGCAUACACAGGGUCAACCUGGGAACACUGGCUGUGCUGUCAAGGUUGCUCCACGACAGGGAGUUGGAUCUGUACGAUGGGACCAGGCUGCUGAGGUGGGACAGAUACCAGACGCUGAAGGAAAAUCUGCAGCUUAGUGAUGAACAGCUGCAAGAGAGGUCAAUCUUCGCCAUCCAUCCGUCGUUCAGAGUGCUGGCCCUGGCAGAGCCGCCCGUCGUGGGUGCAAGCAGUAACAGCAGCAGCAGCAGCAACAGCCGAGGUCAGCAGUGGUUGGGCCCAGAGCUGCUCACCAUGUUCCUCUACCACACGGUCACACCGCUGGCCAAAGCCGAGGAGAUGGACCUCAUACAGGGGCUGUGUCCCAAUGUUCCCCAUGAAGCAGCAGAGCAGCUUCUAAACCUCACACACAGCCUCCGCCAGACAAACGACCCCACAGCCCAGUCUCUGGCCUCGUCUCUCUCCACCAGACAGCUGCUGAGGAUCUGCCGCCGUCUCUCUCAGCAUCCCGACGAGAGCAUCGCUCACGCCGUCAAUAAGGCCUGUCUUUCCAGAUUCCUGCCCAGCCUGGCACGAGCCUCUCUGGAGAAAAGCCUCGCCAACUGCUCCAUCGAGGACAAACCAGAUCCUUCCGAACACACUCGGGAGUAUCGCUGUAUGGUAAAAGAUGGCGUGUUGACGAUUGGCAAUGUGUCUGCUCCCAUCUACAACGCCAGCGAGAAAAUGAAGGUUCCAGAUGUGCUGUUCUAUGAUAAUCCCCAGCACAUGAGGGUGAUGGAGGACAUGCUGAAAGACUUCCUGUUAGGAGAACACCUUCUGUUGGUGGGAAACCAGUUUAGUCCUAAUGUGCAGAGUUUAAGGGAGGGUGGAGGAGGAGUGAAAGUGGACAUGGUGUACCUCAGCCCACAGGAGCCCGUCUGCGCGGAUACGACGGUGCAGACUCUGACCCUGCAACCAUCAGUGAGAGACGGCAUCAUUACGUACGAAGACUCACCACUGGUGAAAGCAGUGAAGCACGGUCACAUUUUAGUGAUCGACGAGGCCGACAAAGCUCCCACAAAUGUCACCUGCAUCCUGAAAACCCUGGUGGAGAGCGGAGAGAUGAUCCUGGCCGACGGACGUAGAAUCAUCUCAGAUCCACGAGAAGCCAAAGGGAGGCCAAACGCCAUCAUCAUGCACCCAGACUUCAGGAUGCUCGUCCUGGCUAACCGGCCUGGUUUUCCCUUCCUGGGAAAUGACUUUUUUGGAGCUCUAGGUGAUAUUUUUAGCUGCCAUGCUGUGGACAAUCCAAAGCCUGAGGCCGAGCUGGAGAUGCUGAAACAGUACGGCCCCGAUGUUCCCGACAGCACCCUGCAGAAACUGGUGGCUGCCUUCGGAGAGCUGCGCUCGAUGGCCGACCAGGGCACCAUCACCUACCCCUACUCCACCCGAGAGGUGGUCAACAUAGUGAAACACCUCCAGAAAUUCCCCAACGAGGGUUUGGCCAACGUGGUGCGAAACGUCUUCGACUUCGACUCGUACAACAAAGACAUGCGGGAGGUUCUGAUCGAGGCGCUGCACAAACACGGGAUUCCCAUCGGAGCCAAGCCCAGCUCCGUCAAACUGGCUAAGGAGUUGCCGCUGCCGGAGGUGAAGAUGACGGGAUACUGGACUGUAAACCAAGGAGUCAACGCUCGCCGCAAAAUGCUGUGUCCAACUGAGACUCACCCCAUAGGCAUCAAGGGUCCAGUGUUUCUGCGGGUCCAGGGUUCUCCAUGCAGCCGACAAGAGAGCAGAGCUUUGAACUUCAGCGAGGAGAAAGCGCACUGGCAGAUUCCCAUGAAUGAAGUCAACAUCAUCUGCGACGUCGUCACCAAAGACGAUGUUGUGUACGUGGCCACCUGUAACCCCGUAUCGCUGUACUCCAUGAAGGAGCGCGGCGACACCAUUCACUGCAUGGAGCUCUACGACGUUUUCCCCCGAACCAUCAGCGGCGUCUGGCAGCCGUUUGUUAGCGUUGCUCCUCUGGGGAAUCCUCUGGACGGACAGGUGGUGCUGCACGAGGAACAGAGCAACACGGUGCUUCAUUUGGACUUGGUAACCGGUGCCGUUCGGAGGCUCACGUUGUCUCCAGACAGCGAACAGCCAACACCUAAAGCCUCCAACUGGUGGAACAGCAAAGAACAACAGGGAGGCGGCUAUAAAAUGUGUCGUGACUUUUCCCACAAAAACUGGCUCCUGUUCUAUAAGGAGGACGGCAACCAGCUGGAGGUGCUGGAUGUGCUGGAGGGCCGGGUUCACUCCAUCUCACUUCCCAUCAACCUGAAAUCAGUGUUCCUGGUGGCCGAGGACCGCUGGCUGCUGCUGGAGAACAACACCGACAAGUGACACAUUCUGGCCCGUAAACACAAGGCCUUUUAUUCAAUAAUCGCACCCUUUCUCUGUCUUUGCUCCAUCACGCUCCGUCUCCUGACUCCUUCCAUCCCAGCCGGGGGUUCCACUCCACAGAUGCUGUCCUGCGAGCAGCUGCCCAACGAGAACCUGAGCGCUGCCCUGAACCAGAAGAUAGUUUCUCCGAACCGGCUGCUGGCCGAUACCAGCUGCUUUGCACGAGUUGUUGUGGGCUUCCCAGACCUCAUGUCUCCUAACGAGGUGUACAGCUUCAACCGGCCCGUUGACCUGUCAGAGAUGAAGAGCGACAGCGGCGCUAACAUGUUCUUCAGAGGCGGGCUUCGGACCAACAUCCCCAAACGGGACAACUGUGUCAGUCUGCUUUCGGCCAACCAGGUGGUCCGAGCCCUUCCGCCCAGCAAGGUGCCCCUGAAGGAGGUUUACCCCAAAGAUGUCACACCUCCGAUGACGGCAGCGUACCUGGAAGUCACUGAUCUGAACUCCAAAAAGCUCAAAUAUAUUCCCGUCCCCAGGUCGAUGACAGUGUCUCCUUACACCAGCUGGUUGUCGAAGGUGUCGGAGUCGGAUGUGCUGAUCGCUGCUCUCAGCUCUGGAGGUGUGGUCACGGUGGAUAUGGGCGGCUACGUCCGGCUCUGGGAAACCGGAUUGGACACUCUGCAGCGCUCACUGAUGGAGUGGAGGAACAUGAUCGGAGGAGAGGAUGGCAGACCCAUACAGAUCACCAUCCAGAGGGACAGCGGCCUGGACGUAUCCGCCCCAAAACAUGGAAAGAUCGACGCUAUGAACGCUCCUCACGUCGGGGGAAACCAGUGGGCAGGAGGCACAGGCGGCAGAGACACUGCAGGUCUGGGUGGUAAAGGAGGCCCCUAUCGUCUGGAUGCAGGACACAAAGUCUACCAGGUUUCUCAGGCUGAGAAAGAUGCUGUUCCAGAGGAGGUGCGCAGAGCCGCCCGUGAAAUGGCAGAAAAGGCCUUCAAAGAAAGGUUGAAGGAGAUCGACAUGAGCGAGUACGAAGCUGAAACAUACGAGCGAUUCUCCAACGCUGUGAGGAGACAAGUUCAGUCGCUGCGCAUCAUCCUGGAUAGUUUACAGGCUAAAGGGAAGGAGCGGCAGUGGUUGAAAAACCAGGCGCUGGGAGAACUGGACGACGCUAAAAUCAUUGAUGGACUAACCGGAGAGAAGGCUAUAUAUAAACGCAGAGCAGAGCUGGACCCAGAGCUGGGCAGUCCUCAGCAGAAGCCUAAACGUUUACGGGUGCUGGCGGACGUUUCAGGCAGCAUGUACCGCUUCAACGGUGUGGACGGCAGGCUGGAGCGCUCCAUGGAGGCUGUGUGUAUGGUCAUGGAGGCUCUGGAGAGCUAUGAGCACAAGUUCAAGUACGACAUUGUGGGUCACUCAGGCGACGGCUACGACAUCGAGCUGGUCUCAGCGAACAAAGCCCCCAAGAAUAACAAACAGAGACUCAAAGUCCUCAAGACCAUGCACGCCCAUUCUCAGUUCUGCAUGAGUGGCGACUACACUCUGGAGGGGACAGCGUUCAGCAUCAAGGAGCUGGCGCAGGAGGAGGCGGACGAGCACUUCGUGGUGGUGCUGAGUGACGCCAACCUGGAGCGUUACGGCAUCCGGCCCGAGCGUUUUGCCCAAGUCUUGACGUCUGACCCACAGGUCAACGCCUUCGCCAUCUUCAUCGGAUCCCUCGGCGAUCAGGCUGAAAGACUCCAAAAGACGCUUCCAGCAGGGAGAUCCUUUGUUGCCAUGGACACCAAGCAGAUCCCCCAAAUACUGCAGCAGAUCUUCACAUCCACCAUGUUGUCCAGUGCCUGAAGCACACACAAACACAAGCUCUUGUUUCUUAUCUAACUCACUCAAAACCUCAAAGUUCAUCAGACUUUGGCAGUGACUUAUCACAAUGUGUCCUAUAAGGAGAACUCUGGUUUAUCUCAACCUGGUGUGUUUCUCAUUAAUAUGACGAACGCUAACUUUGCUCUCUUUGUCUUUGUUGUAGAGAUUCAGGGAAAUGAAGAGUCACACAAAACAGAAUGUGAAUGUCAUUUAUCUGGGCUGGUUAGCAUGAGCAGCUGGCCUGCAGCUUUCCAAAGAAAACUGAUUUUUACAUUUUAAACGUUACACCAGUUUGUUUCAAAGUGUGAGUCUGACUUUGACUGUGAGGCAGUAAGACAACAGGACAUCCUGCAGAACUGGAGAUGGUGCUUCACCUCCCUGAAAUCAGCCAGAAGAAAAGACAUAAAAAGCUAAAGCUAACACACUUAGAAAAGACUCAAAAACAAAACAUGAUUCUUGUAAAAAACUAAACAACUCUGCCUUCUUUGGAAAGCAGCAGGGAGCCCAUGCUAAAUUACCAGCUGCUAAGAGAUUACAAAGUUAGCUUGACACCGAUGGUACGCAUCCACAGGAUUCGUCAUUUCAGCGCUUCCUAUUUAUUGAAAGCAGCCGUGCAACGCGUCCUUCUAGCGUCAAGGUGCAUUUCCUGACAUGCUGCCUGUUCCUCAUUUGCAUAAGAUUGAUAUCUAGGCUACUUUAUGCAAAUCUGGUGUCUCCAGAGCGAUUCCACCCUUCUGGAAGCUCUUGAAACACUUUUGAAAGUCUUCGUUCAAAUGCAUUUUAAAGUAGAUUGCUUGUUAAAAAAAAGUUCAGAGUGUGUGCAGUGAUACUCUGCUUCCAGUGCUCCUGCAACGCUUGCAACGUCCAGUUAUGUAAUCAUGCAAAGUUCCAUCUGUGAUGAGCUGAAUCUUUUAAACUGGGUCAAAACCUUUAACUUGAUUUUCAUUUUGGGGAAGAGGUCACAGGGGGUCAAAUAUAGUGAUCAGGGCAGAGGUUGUGUUGUUGUGGCCAAAUAAAUGUGUGUAAUCCCCACAUUGUGUUUUCAGAAACACAUUUUGAUUAACUUUUUCCCAACAAGCUGCUGUGUUGGUCCAAUAUGAAAUCCAGAAGCAGACAGGCCACCGGUGAAGUGUUUAUCUGGUCAGGUGAAGCCAGUGUUUGGACAGUUGUAGGAGGGUGGAGCCUGUACUGGUUCCUUGAUGAGUCCUUUCGCAUCCAUGUGGAUAUGUACCGUUAGAGCACCAAUAAUCCGAUUCAUUGCAGAUAUUCCAGGUUGAAAUACAGCAGAAUUCUCCUUUAACUGGCUCUCUGUAUCAGAUCUUGUGACCUUAUCAGAGCUGUAUCAGAUCUGGAGACUGGAAACAAGGCCGUAUUUAUUAUUUUCAAGUAGCCUUCAGUCUGUCAGCAACAUGUGACGAUGUUGCGUUGGCGUGACACAGCUAACUCAUGUUUUGUAGUGUUCCUCUGGGAAUAGGUAGCGCUCACAAACAGCCUGUGAUGUUGUGCAGUAUGACUGUGGCGGUGUUAUUAUAAAACGCCUGGAGCCAGACUCCGACCCCAUGUGGGGAUCAAACACGCAGCAUAACCUGUUGUUGUUUUUAAUUGUGUUUUUCUGCCGACGGCAAGGUGACGCACACAGUCAUUGGCCUAUUUUGGGUCGACAGAAACUCGGAGGCGGGGGGAGGAGGGUCGCGAACUUGACACAGCCCCACGUAUUUUGGAUUUCCUCCUUGUUCGUCGUGUGUCACACAAAAACGCGCAGACACUUGCAGGAAGGGUGGCACUAACGCAGCCCUCUGACACUUCAAAACGCCCGGCGGCCAUAACUCGGCUCCUGUGGAAUGCCGGGACUGUGACCAGGGAAUUUCCCACCUGACUGCACACGCUCUUUAAAGGCUGCCGCUGUUGCACAACCCCCUGCUGUGUGUGUGUAUGUGUGUGUGUGUCUGUCUGUGUCUGUGUGUGUUCUCCUACAGCAUCUAUGUCAACAUGCACAAGCCCUUUUCCUUCCUGGCUGCUGGACUUUGUGAGUCUCAGAUCGCCUUUCGUCGCCGGACCUCCCACUCCUCGUCCUCUUUCUCAAACGCUUACAGCUGAUGGGAUCCCAGUUAACACAGAAAUGUGUUGAGACUAAGUGCGCUCAGGCCUGUGCACUAAAAGACCUUAUCAGUAUCUUGUCUGGUUGCCACUAUCCAGCACUGAUGGGAUCAAUACAGCAGCCUGUCCAUCUAUCAGUUUGUAUUGAUCGUCCUGUUGGCAGACGGAUGUCCCUGGUUUCUAUUAACCCACUUUAAUCUCUGCUGAUGAAAAGUUUUGUUUGGCAGCCGUUUAAUAAUGUGCGUAACAUAACACACUUUGAAUAUAGUUAGAGUUAUUUAAUUGUACAAUGUUGGUCAUUUAUCGUGGGAUAAAUUGUAAAAGUAAUGUACAAAAAUGUAAUAAAUCAUGUUAGCGCUG